AUGGGGGAUAGAUUUCAUGGGACCCUUUCCCUCAUCAUAUGGAACAAUUAUAUUUUAGUGGUAGUGGAUUAUGUGUCUAAAUGGGUAGACGGCAUAUCUUCUCCUGCCAGUGACGCCAAAACGUUUGAGAAAUUAAUAAAGAAAUACAGAGUCAGCCACAAAGUUGUGACACCCUACCUUCCUCAAACAAAUGGACAUGCUGAGAUUUCCAACCGGGAGAUCAAGGCAAUAUUAGAAAAGACAGUAUCUAGCUCUCGCAAGGACUGGUCGUUGAAACUAGAUGAUGCUUUAUGGGCAUACCGCACUGCUUUCAAGACUCCGAUUGGAUGUGCACAAUCUCCACGAGCUGGACGUGAGCGUUUCAUGGGUGUGGAGGUGUCAGAAGAGCCAAAACAACGGAGGACGAGUCAUCUCGCGCUUAAAGGAAGUGGUCGUGUGAUCUCGCACGACCGUGUGGAGCCUGCAGAGAAGCAGAAACCACGGGUCGUGCUACCUUGCACGGCCGUGUGGCCUAUUCAGAGAAAUAAGAAGCACUGGUCGUGCCGAUUGGCACGGCCGUGCAACACUGCCAUAGGGGAAGAAGGCCCAGGCCGUGCCAACUGGAAUGGCCGUGAGAACUAUGCAGAGGAAGAAGGAGGCGGGGGUCGUGCCGAUUGA